GUUGCCUCCAAGUGGCCAUAUUGAAAACAGUGCGAGUCUGUCCCUUCGUGAUGUGCAGAGCAGGUCUGCGUGAAGACAGAUAAUUCCUGCACACAGCCACUUCUGACGAUGGCGGCCAAUGACGUGGACGUUUUCGCAAAUGAAGAAAAGCGCAGCCUGGAGCUCGGGGGUCACGUGGGCUUCGACAGUCUUCCGGAUCAGCUGGUCAGCAAGUCGGUGGCGCAGGGAUUCUGCUUCAACAUCCUCUGUGUGGGUGAGACAGGGAUCGGCAAAUCAACAUUAAUGAACACGCUGUUCAACACCACAUUUGAAAACGAGGAAUCCAGCCACUAUGAGAGCGAAGUGCAUCUACGCCCUCAAAUGUAUGAUCUGCAGGAGAGCAAUGUCAACCUCAAGCUGACCAUUGUGCACACGGCGGGGUUUGGAGACCAGAUCAACCGGGAGCAAAGCUAUAAACCUAUCCUCGAGUAUAUUGAUGCCCAGUUUGAAAAGUACCUCGAAGAGGAGCUAAAGAUAAAACGGUCCCUGUCGAAUUACCACGACACAAGGAUCCACAUCUGUCUGUAUUUCAUCGCCCCCACCGGACACUCCCUCAAGUCCCUGGACCUGGUCACAAUGAAGAAGCUGGACAGCAAGGUGAAUAUCAUCCCUGUCAUCGCGAAGGCCGACACGGUGUCCAAGGGUGAACUGGACAAAUUAAAAAUCAAGAUCAUGAGCGAGCUGGUCAGCAACGGGGUGCAGAUUUAUCAGUUCCCCACGGAGGACGAGGCCGUGGCAGAAAUCAACUCCUCCAUGAACAGUCAUCUGCCGUUUGCUGUGGUUGGAAGUGUGGAAGACAUUAAAGUGGGAAAUAAGAUGGUAAAGGCAAGACUGUACCCCUGGGGAUCAGUACAGGUGGAGAAUGAAAACCACUGUGAUUUUGUGAAGCUGAGGGAGAUGCUGUUGCGCGUGAACAUGGAGGAUCUCCGGGAGCAAACACACGCUCGACACUAUGAACUCUACCGUCGCUGCAAGCUGGAGGAGAUGGGCUUCAAGGACACCGACCCAGACAGCCAGUCGUUCAGCCUCCAGGAAACAUAUGAAGCCAAGAGGAAGGAGUUCCUCAUCGAGCUGCAGCGCAAAGAGGAAGAAAUGAGGCAGAUGUUCGUCAACAAAGUGAAGGAGACAGAAGCUGAGCUGAAGGAAAAGGAGAAAGAGCUGCAUGAGAGGUUCGAGCAGCUCAAGCGGAUGCAUCAGGAUGAGAAAAGGAAUUUGGAGGAGAAAAGGCGAGAGCUGGAGGAGGAGAUGAACGCCUUCAACAGGAGGAAGGUGGCGGCGGAGACGCUGAUGGGACAAGCGCUCCAAGGCUGCUCACAGCAGCCGUUCAAGAAGGACAAGGACAAGAAGAACUUCUUUAGUCUCCCAUCUGCGUGUUCCCUAACCUCAGGAAGGAAUUUGAAUUAGAAGACUUUCUACUACAUCAAACGCUUACAGACUAAUACUCAAGUUUGUUAUUUUUACCCGUGACAUAACCUUUUUUUAGAAAUGCAUUUACCAUCCCUGGAAGUGCGUCACCCUGAAGACUUCCACGCCUACUAAACUCUCCUUUAGACUGAGCAGCGUUCUGUAGCAUGGUCUCUGCAUGACUUCUAACCUCCAUUCCAGCAACUAUUAAUGAUCUUAUUGCCAAAAUGUCUGUUUUGUACUAAUGUGAAAUCUGUCAUGCCAUGUAAACCUCGUAGUUUUUCACUGACAAUUUACACUGUGAAAUUAUAAAGUGAAAUAUUAUUGCUGUUGAAUAGAAUAUACGUUAUGAUUUACAAGCACUUUAAAUAAAUUGUAGUGGAAAUGCUAUCCUUACCCAUCGUCGAGGGGCGUCCUGUCAUACACACGUCCAUUUGGUGUCACUUAAAGGCGGAGUUAUGAAUAUUUCAGUUUUAAACUGGAAGAACUAUAUAAACUGCUGUCAUGAAAAACCCUGGAUGGAUAUAAAUAAAUUCAGGAUUUAACCUCUUGAUGUCAGUAGAUACAGUACAGAGUGGAUUUGUAUUGGCCUGUAUGCAGAUUUGUAUAUUCUCAUGUAAUAAAGAGUUAAUUUAUUGAAA